UCAAUUCAGAGACAAACUCAUUUAUUUAUUCCUAGUAAUUUAGAGUGGAUACGGUUAUUGAAACCAUAAUGAGUGUGGCCUUGUGGGAGUAUUAAGGUUAAUUGUCCAGAAUCCAGAUCCAUCUAGAAAAGGGCAGGUAUCUGAGUUCUGAAACCUCACUCGUUCCUAUUUUAUAGGAAUAGGAAUCCGAACAAACAACAAAGCCACGACCAUGACUCGUCCUUUACAAUUCCUCUCUCUGAUUCUCCUUUUCGCACUUUUGUCUCUGGCCACUGCCUCCCAAGUCUUCGAAAGGUGGUGCAAGGAACACGGCAAAACCUACUCUUCCGAGGAACAGAAACGGUACAGGCUCAAAGUGUUCGAGGACAACUAUGCCUUUGUCGCCGAACACAACCGAAACGCCAAUACUUCCACCUACACCCUCUCCCUCAACGCUUUCGCCGAUCUCACUCACCAUGAAUUCAAAACCUCUCGUCUUGGUCUCGCCCUUCCCCCUUCCUUGCUGCGAUUCAAACGUCCCCGGAAUCAACAACCCCCUCACCUUCUUCAAGUUCCUUCCGAGAUCGAUUGGAGAAAGAGUGGGGCAGUUACACCCGUCAAGGACCAAGGAAGCUGUGGUGCCUGUUGGGCGUUCUCAGCUACCGGUGCUAUUGAAGGUAUAAAUAAGAUUGUCACAGGGUCUCUUGAAAGCCUUUCUGAACAAGAGCUGAUAGAUUGUGAUAGAUCCUACAACAGCGGUUGUGAAGGUGGACUCAUGGAUUAUGCUUACCAAUUUAUCAUUGACAACGGUGGGAUUGACACCGAGGAUGAUUAUCCAUAUCAAGUUCGGGAACGGACUUGCAAUAAGGACAAGUUAAGAAGGCGUGUUGUUACAAUUGAUGACUAUGUUGAUGUGCCUCUGAAUGAGGAAGAGUUACUAAAGGCUGUUGCAACACAGCCUGUAAGUGUAGGGAUAUGUGGGAGUGAAAGAGCAUUCCAGUUGUACUCAGAGGGUAUCUUCACCGGUCCAUGUUCAACUGCUUUGGAUCAUGCAGUAUUGAUAGUAGGAUAUGGUUCAGAAAAUGGAGUUGAUUAUUGGAUCGUAAAGAACUCAUGGGGAAAAUAUUGGGGAAUGAAUGGUUACAUACACAUGAUACGAAACAGUGGAGAUUCCAAAGGGAUAUGUGGAAUCAACACAUUAGCUUCAUAUCCUAUCAAGACCAAGCCUAAUCCCCCUAUCCCUCCUCCCCCAGGUCCUGUAAGAUGUAAUCUGUUUACUCAUUGUUCACAAGGAGAAACAUGUUGCUGUGCUAGGAGCUUUCUUGGAAUAUGCUUUUCUUGGAAAUGCUGUGGAUUAACUUCUGCAGUCUGUUGUAAAGACAAGCGCCACUGUUGCCCCCAAGAUUAUCCAAUUUGUGAUACAGGAAAGGGCCAAUGUUUAAAGAUGAUUGCAAAUGGGACAACAACAAUCGCAUCUGAGAACCAGGAUUUUUCCCACCAGCCAAGAGGUUGGACAUCUCAUUAAGGAUUUAUGUUCAACGCCAUCCAUUUGUAUGAUCGAGUCAUUCUAGUUGCGUUGCUAUCCUAUUGUAUUACUGAGGUAUUUCAUUACUAAUAGCUGAUUAGGGUUCAAAAGGAUUCAAGUUUUGGCAAAAUGGAUUAUAUUUGUUAUGGUAGGGGGUAUUGAUAGGAUAAGCCAAUAGGGAAUGAAUGUACUACCCGAAUGUAAUACCAAUAUAUAUACUAUAGAGUAAAGAUGUUAGUUUCUUUUUUUGUUA